CUACAAGCGGCGCUCGCAUACGCUGGACUUUACCAAUUCGGAUUACUCAAGUCCCACUGACAGCUGACGUCUCGCCCACCGCACAUUGGUUUAGGUUAUCGUCGGCACUAAUUGCGAGUCUCCGUCUUUUAGGCUAAAAUAGCUCCGCACUCCGUCGGUUAUGGCAUCACGAGAAAUCUACAAAUUAUUUGUCGGCAAUUUACCUUGGACGAUCGGCCACCAGGAGCUGCGCGCAUAUUUUCAAGAGUUCGGCAAAGUUAUCACAGCAAACGUCGUAUUCGAUAAGAAAACCGGUUGUUCCAAGGGAUUUGGAUUCGUUACAGCCACAAAAGACACUUACGAGAACAUUGACAAGAAAGACAGGCAUACCCUCGAGGGGAAUACACUGAACAUCCAGAAGAGUUAAGUCGCGUGAGGGGGAGAUUCGUAGACACCGAAAUAGUUUUUUAGAAAUUUAGUUUUAUUGUAUUAUUGGCGGGAAGUAUCGUAA